AUGUCAAUUGAAGAAAUUCCACAAGGUUCAGAUGUUAAUGUCAUUCCAAAGAAUGAAAAAAAAGCAAGAGAAUUAAUUAAAAAAUUAAAUUUAAAACAAAUUAAAGGUAUUUCAAGAGUUACUUUUAAACAAAGAGGUAAUUUAAUUUAUGCAAUUGAUCAACCAGAUGUUUAUAGAUCAGCUGCUGGUACUUAUGUUGUUUUUGGUGAAGCUAAAGUUGAUGAUAUGAAUCAAAGAAUUGCUGAAGCUCAACAACAACAAGCUCAACAAGAAGCUUUACAAAAAGCAGCUGCUGAUGCUAAAUCAACUAGUGAUGAUAAAUCACCAGAAUCAAUUACUGCUGAUUUAGAAAAGGCUUCAAUUCAAGAUAAUAAAAAAGAUGAAGAAGAAGAUGAAGGUGAAAUUGAUGAAUCAGGUUUAGAUCCAAAAGAUAUUGAAAUUGUUGUUGAACAAACUCAAGUUUCUAGAGCAAAAGCUGUUAAAGCUUUAAAAGCUCAUGAUGGUGAUAUGGUUAAUGCUAUUAUGGAUUUACAAUAG